GAAGGGAGGAGCGCGGGUGCGCGCGGAGGAGCGGGGCGCGCGCGGGGCGAGAGGAGCAGCGCGGGCAGGAGCGCGGGGCGCUCUCAGAGCGCGGGAGCGCGGGGAGCACCGCCCGCACCUUCCUUUGUGUGGCGCGGCCGCGGCGGCGCUGGCCCGCGCCGGGUCCCCGUCCCCGCCCCCGCCGGUCCCUCCCGGCAAGAUGGCAACCCCGGCCGCCGUCAACCCUCCGGAAAUGGCUUCAGACAUACCCGGAUCUGUGACCUUGCCUGUUGCCCCCAUGGCAGCCACUGGACAGGUGAGAAUGGCAGGGGCCAUGCCUGCCCGAGGAGGAAAGCGGCGAUCCGGAAUGGACUUCGAUGAUGAAGAUGGUGAAGGUCCCAGUAAAUUUUCAAGAGAGAACCACAGUGAGAUUGAGCGGCGCAGGCGGAACAAGAUGACUCAGUAUAUUACGGAGCUCUCCGACAUGGUUCCCACCUGCAGUGCACUGGCUCGGAAGCCAGACAAGCUCACCAUCCUGCGUAUGGCGGUCUCACACAUGAAGUCCAUGAGGGGCACCGGGAACAAAUCUACUGACGGCGCAUACAAGCCUUCCUUCCUCACUGAGCAGGAACUGAAGCAUCUCAUCCUUGAAGCCGCUGAUGGAUUUCUGUUUGUGGUGGCAGCUGAGACGGGGAGAGUGAUCUAUGUGUCUGAUUCUGUCACUCCUGUUCUGAACCAGCCACAGUCCGAGUGGUUUGGGAGCACCCUCUAUGAACAGGUGCACCCUGAUGACGUGGAGAAACUGAGAGAGCAGCUGUGCACUUCGGAAAACUCCAUGACAGGCCGCAUCCUGGACCUGAAGACCGGGACAGUGAAGAAGGAAGGACAGCAGUCGUCCAUGCGCAUGUGUAUGGGCUCUCGGCGCUCCUUCAUCUGUAGGAUGAGGUGUGGAAAUGCACCCUUGGAUCACCUGCCUUUGAACAGAAUAACCACCAUGAGGAAAAGGUUCAGAAAUGGCCUUGGCCCUGUAAAAGAAGGAGAAGCCCAGUAUGCUGUGGUCCACUGCACAGGUUACAUCAAGGCUUGGCCACCAGCAGGAAUGACCAUACCUGAAGAAGACGCUGAUGUAGGACAAGGCAGUAAAUAUUGCCUUGUGGCAAUCGGGCGGCUCCAGGUGACUAGCUCUCCUGUGUGCAUGGACAUGAGUGGCAUGUCAGUGCCCACAGAGUUCCUGUCACGUCAUAACUCUGAUGGGAUCAUCACCUUUGUGGACCCAAGAUGCAUCAGUGUGAUUGGCUACCAGCCCCAGGACCUUCUGGGAAAGGAUAUUUUGGAAUUCUGCCACCCUGAGGAUCAGAGCCACCUACGGGAGAGCUUCCAGCAGGUGGUUAAGCUGAAGGGCCAAGUGCUGUCGGUCAUGUAUCGGUUCCGCACCAAGAACCGAGAGUGGCUGUUGAUCCGCACCAGCAGCUUCACCUUCCAGAACCCCUACUCCGAUGAGAUCGAGUACGUCAUCUGCACUAACACCAAUGUCAAGCAGCUCCAACAGCAGCAGGCCGAACUGGAGGUGCACCAGCGAGACGGGCUGUCAUAUGACUUAUCUCAGGUCCCGGUACCCAAUCUACCUGCCAGUGUUCACGAGGCAGGGAAGUCUGUGGAUAAGGCAGAUGCAAUCUUCUCCCAAGAGAGAGACCCUCGUUUUGCCGAGAUGUUUGCAGGAAUCAGUGCAUCGGAGAAGAAGAUGAUGAGCUCAGCCUCAGCAUCAGGCAGUCAGCAGAUCUACUCCCAAGGAAGUCCAUUCCCUGCCGGGCACUCGGGCAAGGCCUUCAGCUCCUCCGUGGUCCACGUGCCUGGAGUGAAUGACAUUCAGUCUUCCUCCUCAACGGGCCAGAACAUAUCUCAGAUCUCCCGGCAGCUGAACCAGGGCCAAGUGGCAUGGACAGGCAGCCGUCCACCCUUCCCAGGGCAGCCCAGCAAGACACAGUCGUCCGCCUUCGGGAUUGGAUCAAGCCACCCCUACCCGGCUGACCCUUCUUCCUACAGUCCUCUCUCCAGCCCAGCUGCCUCCUCGCCAAGCGGAAAUGCGUACCCUAGUCUUGCCAACAGGACUCCAGGGUUCGCUGAGAGCGGACAGAGUGGCGGGCAGUUCCAGGGCCGGCCCUCGGAGGUCUGGUCUCAGUGGCAGAGCCAGCACCACGGGCAGCAGAGCGGUGAGCAGCACUCCCACCAGCAGCCUGGCCAGACUGAAGUGUUCCAGGACAUGCUGCCCAUGCCAGGGGACCCGACGCAGGGGACUGCCAACUAUAACAUCGAGGACUUUGCUGACCUGGGAAUGUUCCCUCCAUUUUCUGAGUAGCUCCAGGCAAAGCCAGGCUCCUGCUGCCCAGGCACUAUCCUUGUCAUGGCAUAGAUGCCCAUGUUCAAAGGCCCCCCCCUCACCCUGCUUGCCCUGCUGCAGGACCCCAGAAGUCCUUCUUACUCCCCAUCCUCCCUGGACAUGGCAUCACCUGGCUCUACCCCACAGCCUGGCUUCUUGGCUUUGGGAUCUUUGUAUUUAUUGUAUUUUAUCUGUGUGCUCGGAAGGGGACCUGCAGGUUCCUUAAAUUUCAUUGUGAAUAAUCUCUUAAUGGACAGUUUGCACCCAUCAAGUGUGUGCUUGGCAUCCACAAUGGCUGGCAGCACCAGCAGGUCUGCCUGGCGCAGAAGCUGGAUGUCUUUCUGCUUUUUCACAGCUGCUGCCUGGAGGCUUUGGGUCAGAGUGAGAGGCGGUAACCUGUGCAUUCUGUGCUGGGGCAGGAGCACAGGAUGUGAGGCCCCUACCAUGCGCUGUCCUUGAUAGCCUGAGGUCAAGUGUGCUUUAUACAGUGAGAAUCAAAGUUGUGACUUGGUAGAUGUACUGUGGCGUGUUGGUGUGUGUGGCCAGUGAGAGUGAGAAGCCGUCCCCACUCAGCUGCAUUUCAAAGGAGAGGGUGACUGGGGCCUGGAAGCUGGGCUGACAGCCAGCCCUCCAGCACUGUCCCCAGAAGUCAGGGCUAGGUUGCUGCUCCCUUUGUAAGCCAGUUCUUUGGUCCCCUGCCCCUUUCACAGACAUCCUCCACCGCUUAAAGUUCCUAGUCCUUCCUCCUUGCGACCUAGGAGAGCAUUCACUCUUCUCUUACUCGGCCUGAGGGACAGUGUCCUGACUUCAUGGAGGUCACUGCACCCUCGCUGCUGUGUAGCAGAACUGAGCUGCUUCUCUGCCCAGCCCCUUCAAGAAGCCACACCUGGCCCUCUGUGCAGGUUAGCAGGCCCUGCCUCGCAGGGCCCCUGACACCUUCUGCUCAGAGGCCCGGAGAGAAGGUGGAGCCACACUCUGGUGAAGGGUGCCCUGGGCCAGCUCAGCCUCUGUCCUCAGCAGGCAGGAGAGCCAGGAGUAUCUCAGAAGGGACACAGCCAGGCCUGAGGGGCCAGGGACUGUGCUCUGGCUACCCUCGUACAAGGUCGCAAAUUCCUCAGGGGUCUUAAGGUACAACUCUGAGCUAACUUCUGGAACAGUAGUUCUCAACCUUCGGGUUACAUUGGAGGUCAAACAACCCUUUCAUGGGGGUCACUUAUCAGAUAUCCUGUAUAUUAGGUAUUUACAUUACAAUUCAUAACAGAAGCAAAAUUACACUUAUGAAACAGCAACAAAAAUAACUUUAUGGUUGGAGGGUCACCACAACAUGAGGAACUGAGGAACUCUAUUUAAGGGUUGGAGAAUUAAGAAGGUUGAGAACCGCUGUUCUACAAGCUUCUAUCUGGCUUACCCCUGACACCAGAGUCGCUGUGUUGGUCAGAUUUUAAAGAGCUUCAGAUCCCACCCCAUUUUCAAGGUCCCCUGCUCCUCCCACAUCCCAUGUGCUACUGUAAGUGCUUGUCACCUCCCUUCACUUAAUUGACCCUCAUCUCAGGUAUCUCAUCACCAUGUAUCAGCCCACUGAUGCCCAAAUGUGAGAGAAGCCACAAAGCUCUAUUAGGCAGGCCCUGGGGUACCCCGGAGUCCCUUCAGGGACCCCUUGUUAGAACUGUAGAGGUGCAAGCUCUCAGAAGAGCCCUGCCUUGCUGCCUGGCUCCUGGAAAGUUGGGGUACAAUAGGCUCCAGGUUGCCCAAGGGUAGAAUGAGCAUGUGGAUUAAGGGCCUGGGAGUGUACCACUCCACUCAGACUCUCAGCUCUGCCUGGCAUCCAGGGAGUACCAGGGCUUUUACAGAACUCAGCUGCAAACUCUACUUGGCUCAGCAGAAUGCCCUUAGAGCAACCCACCCUAAGGGAUCCCCGUCCAUGACAAACUGUGGCCCCAGAGGUCCUCAAGCAUUUUCGAACCUUCCAUGGUGACAACAGUCUUACUUUCAUCCCAGCCUCAGAACCCCAAACAGUCUUCUACGUGUGCUGCCUGGCACAGUUUUUGUCCCCGGAAGCCUGCAGCUGGCCCCAGGUGGUGAGCACGAGAGAGAAAAAGACCAAAGCCAGCUUCAGGAGCAAAGAAUGCUGUUCGGUGAUGAAAACAGCCAUGGCCUUUAGCUGGCGCGUUCAGAGGUGUGGGAGCUGUGGGUUUGGUUGUACUGCCUUUGGAGGGAAGUGGGGGCUUUUCUUGCAUAUGUGACACGGGUGAAUACAUAAGCUGUCACACUGCUUUGGGUCCAGGGCACUGCAGAAGAAAUAGGACAGAAUUCUUGCUUGAGAUCAUUUCAUGUCUUUUCUCUCGUAAGAAGUUUAAGGUAUAGCCAACUUAGUCCUUGGUCCUGGAAGGCAGGGGUACGGGGGGAUUCAUGGACAACCACAAGCCAGACAAUACCAAAUGCCUCCUGCUUCCUCACAGUCUUAUCUAGGGAGCUCAGCAGGCUGGUUUGAACUCUGGGUCCUUUUCACAGCUCCUCUGCUUCUAUGUUGUGACUAGAAGCCACAUGUGGAGGAAGUGGGGGAGAAGCCAGAAAUGGAGAAUUUCACACACACACACACACACACACACACACACACACACACACAAGGUUUCUUUCACCCAAGUAUUUUUGAAACACACCAGAGUCAGAAUCAACACCAUUAUCCUGCAAAAGAACUUCCCUUGUAUGUCUUUCCCUGCUGAGGAAGCCGGGAUACUGGUCCUCCAGUUAAUGUCCAUCCAGCUACCUGUCCUGGUGACUGGCUUAGCAGCCUAGCAAGGGAUAAGGCAUGCUGGCUUCCUGUAGCUCUGUACCUCACCACUUCAUUUGAUGCUGAAGUCCAACGGGCUUCUCUUAGGCUGAACGAGCAGGAGAGGGACACGCAGGGACCACCUGAGUCAUUGGCAAGGGCACAGAGGCACCAGAGAAUGGGCCCAAGACCGUCAGGCCAGCCAAGGAUGGUUCUAGGACCCUGCCUUUGUGUCAUUCCUGACUAGUUUCCUCUUGGUUUCAGGGAGUGAAUGAGCCAGAAUGAACGCUCGUGCUCAGCUCAGCCCUUACUUGCAUUAUAAAGUGACUAUUAGGGGUAGUGAAGUUUGGAUGAGCAAUAGAACCCACACUGAGGAACUCACCCUCCCCUGUAAUUAGGACAGUGGGGCCCUUAGGUUAACCUGGCAAACAUCCACAUUCCCUCCAGUUCUGGCAGGUCCAGGAGGGGCCCCUGCAGCAUAGUUUAGCCAGUGAGCAGUAGCCUCUCCCAGGGUGAGCUCACCUGCUUCGUGACAGCUACGGCCUGUCACACAAGCAAAAACAAGCCAUUUUCUAACCACCAGUAACAAGGCAAGAUUAAAAGCCUCUUUAUAUGUGGCCACAGGCUUCUAUGUCCUAACUUGUCAGUCCACCCUCCCUUCCCCUACCAAGCUGAUGCUCACUUGAAGUGCCACCGCUGGAGAGACUGAAGCAGGAAGGGUCAGGAACUCAGGAGGUCAAGAACUACCUGGGCAGCAUAAUGAAACCAAUGUCAAAAACAAAUACAUACCUGAGUAACUUGGCCAAGUUUCACGUGCUGAGGAGUUACCAGCGCUCUGGCUGCCGGCGUCCUCCAUCGCCUAGAAUCUGGGACAGCUUUGAGGUAGCUCACAAGGGCACGAUGGGCACAUUUCCACUUGUGACAUGCCAUGUCUUGUGCCCUUAGCUGGAUUUGUUCAGGCAGCCUGCAAAGCCUUGUGGGUACUGGCUCUAGCAAAUAUGGAACUUUUCAUAGGCCAUCCAGGGCCUAGCAGUUUGCGUCAUCUAACCAUCUAUCCUUAAAAAAAAAAAAAUCACAAACAGGCUUCCAAGAACAGCAAGCACUUACUCAUCUCUUUUAGCCUUUCUUCUUAUGGAUGUGAACUGUGCCGUGGGUAAAUCAUUUGUAUUUCUUGAAUGUUCUGUAUGACUAACAGGUAUUAAGUCACUGGGUACGUGUAUAACUAAUGUAACUGCCUUUUAAAUUUUCAUUACAAUAAAAAAUGACUUUGCUCUGAA